GACGGAGCGGAGCGAGGCGUCUCGCGCAGCCGCGAGUCAGUCAUCACAUCAAUGAUGGGGAGGAGGAGGAGGAGACAAGCGGCACCGAAAGACGAAGAUUUCACUUUUGUCAGUCCGCUCGUUAAAUAUCUGCUCUUCAUUUUCAACAUGAUAUUUUGGACUAUUUCAAUGGUGAUGAUGUUGAUUGGUGUGUACGCACGGGUCAUGAAGCAUGCAGAGGCGGCGAUGGCCUGCUUGGCAGUGGACCCUGCCCUUCUGCUGCUCAUCGUGGGCGUGUUCAUGUUCAUCCUCACGUUCUGCGGCUGUGUAGGUUCCCUGCGUGAGAAUAUCUGCCUGCUCCAAACGUUCUGCAUUUGCCUGACAGUUGUCUUCCUGCUGCAGUUGGCUGUUGGCAUCCUGGGCUUCAUCUUCUCUGAUAAGGCACAAGGCAAAGUCAGUGAGAUCAUCAAUAAUGCCAUUGUCCACUACAGGGAUGACCUGGAUUUGCAAAACCUCAUCGAUUUUGGGCAGAAAGAGUUCAGCUGCUGUGGAGGGAUCUCCUACAAGGACUGGUCCCAGAACAUGUAUUUCAACUGUACCCCGGAGAACCCAAGUCGGGAGCGCUGCUCCGUGCCUUACUCUUGCUGUCUGCUGCCUAAGGAUGAGGCCAUCAUGAACACUAUGUGUGGACAAGGAAUGCAGGAUCUGGAUUACUUGCAAGCCAGCGUGUUCAUUAACACCAAUGGCUGCAUCGACCGGCUCGUCACCUGGAUCCACGAUAACCUGUUUCUGCUGGGGGGCAUCGCUUUGGGUCUGGCCAUCCCGCAGUUGGUGGGAAUCCUCCUCUCCCAGGUCCUGAUCAACCAAAUCACGGACCAGAUCGAACUGCAAAAGUACAAUCUGCAGCACCGCUGUGACCCCUGGCACUGACCCUGCGCCAUCCGCCAUCUAUGACACAGGGCACUUGUGUGCAGCCCACCGUUGCAGGCUGCAGGCCGUGGCCCUGCUGACAUCAUGCAUCGAAGGACAUGUUCAUGUGAAUGUGAAGAAGAGACAUUUUUGAAUAGCAGGUACAUUCCAUGAAGGUCUAUUUGAAGUCUGGUUUUGUGUUUUUAUGCGACGGAGAGAACUUUGCCUGGAUAUGAACACUUUGCUACUCUGCUCAUACCUGCACAUUUUGUCCAUUUAUGCUUAGGAUAUUUAUUCAGAUUUUGUACCUGGGUAUAGGGCAAGACGUAACACUUCUAGCAGUUUGAAUCACAAUAUUCCACUCAGAUGUAGAGCAACACAAGAACAGAGAUGCUUCCUUUAUCAUGCACUGCCUGGGAAGUUCCAAACCUGCCUUAGGGGGAAACUGUCUAUGGGGGGGUAUUUACUGUAUUGGUAAUGUUAAUAAUAAUAAUAAGGCUGAAAUUGUUGUUCUUAUUACUGUUAUACUGCUUGGUUUAAGACAUGGGUUGAAUCCCUGUUAUAAAGUCAGGUGUAGAUCACUGACAUUUUCAUUGAACAGACUUUCUAUUUCUAUAUUUUUAUUCAUGUUAUAGGACUAC